AGUAAUUUCGCGUCGGCCGUACAGGGAAUCUGAUUUCCAGCUUGGAGCUGCCAUUUCUGAGGCCCAGCCGCCUGCGCUUCCAAAUUAAAAUGCCCUCUUAAAGCUCCGAAUUCAGCUGAAGAAGAAGAAGAAGAAGAAGGGGAAAAGCAAAGCCUCCAGAUCCCCAACGACGCCGUGUCCGGUCUCUCCUUCUUCUUCUUCGUCGAAGCCCUAGCAGCUCAAUCAAUGGCCAUUGCCAAGCAGAAUGGGAAAACGAACGAGAAAAAAUCAAUCCCUCCAUACAUGAGGGCUAUCUCUGGCUCGAUCGGGGGCGUCAUGGAGGCAUGCUGUCUACAGCCCAUCGACGUUAUCAAGACCCGCUUGCAGCUCGAUCGGACAGGCUCUUACAAGGGAAUUAUCCACUGCGGCGCCACUGUUUAUCGCACAGAGGGCGUGCGAGCCCUGUGGAAGGGCUUGACCCCCUUCGCCACCCACUUGACUCUCAAGUAUGCGCUUCGGAUGGGGUCCAAUGCGAUGCUUCAGUCCGCCUUCAAAGACUCGCGGACGGGCAAUCUCAGCCACCAAGGCAGGCUUCUCGCCGGCUUCGGCGCCGGCGUGCUUGAAGCUCUCGUUAUCGUCACACCUUUUGAGGUGGUAAAAAUAAGACUGCAGCAACAGAGAGGAUUGAGUCCUGAGCUAUUGAAGUACAAGGGGCCUGUACACUGCGCUCGUAUGAUCAUCCGCGAAGAAGGCUUCCUUGGACUAUGGGCUGGGGCUGCCCCUACCGUCAUGCGCAAUGGAACAAACCAAGCUGCGAUGUUCACAGCUAAGAAUGCUUUCGACAGGGUCUUAUGGAAGAAACAAGAAGGCGAUGGAAAAGUCCUCCAACCAUGGCAGUCUAUGAUGUCGGGGUUUCUUGCUGGAACAGCAGGUCCCGUGUGCACCGGCCCUUUUGAUGUGGUAAAAACAAGGUUGAUGGCCCAGAGCAAAUCGGGAGGCGAACUGAGGUACAAAGGCAUGGUCCACUGCAUUGUGACAAUAUACAGAGAGGAAGGGCUUCGUGCUUUGUGGAAGGGGCUGCUGCCUCGGCUCAUGAGGAUUCCGCCAGGGCAGGCCAUCAUGUGGGCGGUGGCUGACCAAGUUACUGGCUUGUAUGAGAGAAAAUACAUACACAAUGCAGCCUUGUAGGUAGAUUUAGGGUCUUCUAUUUAAUGCUAGAUCUAGUUUCAUUGAGUAGAAGUUACAUGCAACUCAGCUGAAUACAUAGGUAGUGGACCUACAUUCCCUCGGCCUGUUGCAUGGUGAUUCAUUUUCUUUGUUCCUGCCUGGUGCAACCCUAGUAGAGAUUUGAGUUUUGUUAUUGGAGAGAUGCUAAACCAACUUAGAGAUUCUAUUUGCCAUUUCAUUCAUUAUGAUGAAAUUUCAUAAUUUAUAAGGGUGUGCAAAAUUUCAGUUUAACCGAAAUAAUUGAACUGAACUGAACCGAUCGAGAUUGUCGGUUUGGUGUUUGCUA